AACCCCUGCCGGUGCUGAACAUCUGCCAAAAAAGCAGACGACGAAGAAGAAGCAGCUGAAUCGGGAGUGAUGGAGUCCAGCAAGUGACGAGUCCAGUUUACUAGCAUCACAAAACACUAAAGCACCGCACUGAGACGGAAAAGAACACAUUUCUCGAUGCUAUUUUAUGUGCGGUAAUAGUUUGAGACUAAUUGAACGUGUUUGAGGACGAAACAGCCCGUUUAUAAGGCUCAGUGCGGUGGCCUGGCUAACAGUAGCUAUCGGUGUUUCCACUUAAUCAGCUCACGAAGCCGCGUCUCCUCCAAAACCAGAAACUCCUGCUGGAAUAACUUCAUCUUUACAAGAGUGAGGAAAGAAACAUUCACGUACCUUUUUAAUCUGAGGUAACUCGUGGCGAUAGUCGGUCCAGCUGGAGGAGAAGUGUUCAUCCAUGUCCACGAGUUCCUGCAGGUUUCUCCGCUUCAGUAACACUCACCAUCAUGUCCCUGGUCGCCUACGGCAGCAGUGAUGACAGUGACUCGGAGGAAACCUCCACUCCUGCACCAGCAGGACGCAAGCCCAGCGGAGGAGGGCUGUUCUCCCGCCUGCCCGCUCCAAAAACAUCUGUAUCAGGAGGAGGGAAGGAAGCAGCGAGGAAGGAGACGAGAUCCAACCCUUCAGGGGGGAUCAGAGCUGGGGGCGAUGGCUCCAACCCUCACAUGGGUAAAGGAGGGUUGUUCUCUAGUCUGCCUAAACCCAGGAAACGAAAUGAACCUGUCAAAAUCCCCGUGCCACAGAUCCAGAGACGUGACUCGGACUCGGAUGAUGAUGAACCAACAAGCAAGAGACCACACGCUCAGGGUGCAGGUUCCGGCCUGUCCUCCAUUCUGCCACAGCCCAAAAAUAUGUCGGUGAAAGGGACAGACAGACCUUUGAUACCUCAUGCACUCACCAGACGACAAGAACCCAAGGCAUCCAAACCCGGAGGUCCUGCACAGGGUCUGAUCGGUUCAAGCCCGUCCCCCUCCGCUAUCAAAGCCGCAGCUAAGUCCGCAGCCCUGCAGGUGGCCAGACAAAUAGCCACAGAUGACCAAGAUGAGGAGGACAUAACCCCACAGAACUACUUUUCUCUAGGCGAGAGCUCCCAGCCUCUCCCUGCAGUCGUCCCAAUUGUUGAUACUGAGCCAGGAGCACCCACUGAACCCCUGCCCUAUGCAGAUCCAGAUCCAGAUCCAGACGCUGAUGAGCCGGGGCAGUCAGAUGCCCCUCUAGACUUUGGGGGUAGCAGUGAGGAAGCAGGUGCAUGGGGAGCUCAAUAUCAGUAUAAUCAACCCCUGUCAGGCCCGGAGGCUCUCCCUCAGGGAUACUAUAAUCAGCCAUACUACCCCGAUCCCGACACCGGCUUGACGGAGGCCGAGGAACCCGGGCAGUCAGCCCUAUUUGAUGAUGAAGCGUUCAUGCGGCUACAGGGUAAAAGAAAUCGAGGCAAGGAGGAAGUGAAGUUUCUGGAUAUCAAAGGGGACGACCAGCUAAGUGGAAAUCAGCAGUGGAUGACCAAAAAUAUUUCAGAGGAAAAGCAAGUCCGCCAGUCUUUUAGCAAGAAAAGAGGAGAACAACCCACAGGACAACAGAGACGCAAGCAUCAGAUAACGUAUCUCAUUCAUCAGGCAAAGGAACGUGAGCUGGAGCUGAAAAACAGUUGGGCAGAAAACAAGUUAACCCGCCGACAGACUCAGGCCAAAUAUGGUUUCUGAGCAUCAUAACUGUGGACUGGUUGCAUACACAAACAUCAUAAGAGAUUAAAAUAGAGACGUCCAGAUUUAUUAACAUGAAAGAAGACAGAGUGUUUAGGAAAAACAAGUGUACAAACCUCUCACAGAUUCUUUUCCUGCUCUCCUCCUCUGUACCGUUUGAUAAAGCGUAAUUCUCAUAUCGAAAGUCCAGUUCCACCUGCAGAACCUGGUACAGUAGUUUACAAUAAAUGUAUGGACAGUUCCCACAAAUAAAUUGAAAGUGUGGAUGGUCAGCCAGUGGAAAAAAAUAUUUACGUGGCCAUUCCAGGUGUUUUCCCCCUUUUAAAUGUGUAUUUUUCCAGUUCGUUCCUUACUUUGAGGCAUGACUUUUGUUUUUGAUAUAAAGCAUGUCUCCUAAAAUGUUUGGUUCUCUGGUAAUCAGGCACUAGUAGUAUGUCUCUGUUAAGUAUUUAUUCAUUUAUUAAAAAACCUUACCAUCAUGACAGUUGCACAUUAAAUUAGUGAGAACAAUUUUGCAUAUCUAUGUUAUUUAAGGUUGUUUUUUCUUUUAUUUUGUUUUAGCAGAGAACCAAAUACGAAGUUGAAAUUUCAACUAGUUCUUUAGCUGGGAUAGAGACCACAAAACCAUCAGAUUUUUAACAUUUAACAGCAUCUUUACCUUUGUUCGCCUCCACCCUUUGUACAGUAUCUGUAAGUGGAUAAGUGAGUAAUACCUGAUAGGCACUGUGAAAAUAUCUCCAAGUGGGAGUCAUAUAUAGAGUCAUAGACUUUUUGUUUUCUGGGAGUGUCAGAAAUCUGUAACCACACUUUUAUUUAGCUUCACUUUUUGUAUCAGCUUCUCCUGUCAAUGUCACCUGUCCAUUUUAGGAAAUGACUGUUUUGAAUCCAAACUCCUUUUUUGGGGAAAAAUCCAACGAACUUCCGCCGCUUGAUCCAUCUCUGGUUUCUGUUUUCUCAUGGAUAGAUGCACAUUCGCAGACUUUUUCAUUGUCCAGCUUUCUUUAUGGCUGUUUACCUUGUGAUUCUGUAUUAUAGUCAUGUCUUUCUCCCAUGCCGGAGCAAAAGACCCACAACUCCAUUUUCAAUAGUGUCAGUUUGUUUCUAAAUACAGUAUAUUUUAUAAAUGUAGGACUUUGCAAAACCUUUGAAUAUGAACAGUUACAGGUGGUGAUUCACAUUUGAUUUGCAAAAAAAAUGGUAUUAACCUAAAAUAUUAUUUACGUAGGACUUUUCUCAAUAGGAAAGUGCUUUCCAAGAAGGGAUGAGGUGCGCUCAUUCAGACGGGGACUCACAAGACGGCAAUAAUAAGUGUCUUGUUAUAAAAUUAGGUUCUGCCAAUGGCUUUUGCUGAAGUGAUUUAAGGGACUACGCAGUUUCGUGGGGGCUUUAAUGGAAAAGGUCAAAUCACAAACUGACCUGGGAAAUGUUUGCAAGGCACUAUCUGCAGAUCUCUAGUCGGUUGUAUAAGAGUGCAAGGUCAUUUAGGGCUUUGAAAGCCAGCAAUAGGAUAUUUAAUUUAAGCUGAACUCUAAAAGCAAGCAAGCAGAUGGGGACGACUAAUGGGGCAGUGUGUUUAAACCCUUUGGGUCAGAUAAUUUAGCUGCAGAAGUUUGAACCAGCUGGAGACUGGUGCAUUUCCAUUCCCAUGCAAGAAUCUGGUACUUUUUUUUUUUUUUACCUUUUACGCUAUGUAUGUUGUACAGUUUAAUUCAUAAAUAAAUGUCUUUCUUGGCUCCUUAAUUUGGAGUCCUGAAGGUUAUUACCAUUAUCACAAAAAUGCUAGAAGUUGCUCCUUUAUGAAUCAUGUUAAAGGUUUGACAUAACCCACUAAGUUUUGAAAUUAAAAUCUUAAAAAAAAUAAACUGUCUACAAUACUAAGAACAGCA